CUUACAAAACGUCGACUAAAGUAGCACAACAUUUGAGGACGCCAUCUUCGAUACCUUGUUUCCUCGGUGGUCCGCAUUCGGCAAAUAUCUUCUACUUCCACGCGAAUAAGUUUAUUUCGAGUCUUCAGUUCCGAAGUGAUUUUAAGGUUGCAACAUGUCCGCACCAGCAAAAUCCCCAGUCAAAAAGAAGCCAACAGCGCCUAAAAAGCCAGCUGAUCAUCCACCUUAUUUGGAUAUGAUCAAGGCUGCCAUUUUAGCGCUGAAGGAGCGAAGCGGUUCUUCCCGCCAAGCCAUCGAGAAAUACAUCAAAGCCAACUACAAGGUUGGUGAGGUUGGCUCGCACUUGAAGAUAGCUUUGAAGAGAGGCGCCGCAAGCGGCAAGCUUGUGCACACCAAGGGAGUUGGUGCUUCAGGCUCCUUCAAGUUGCCCAAGGAGGAAAAGAAGGAGAAGAAACCGAAGAAGAAGCCCGCCGCCAAGCCAAAGAAGCCCGCCACCAAGAAGGCAGCGAAGAAACCAGCGGCAAAGAAGGCUGCAAAGAAACCAGCGGCGAAAAAGCCAACAGCAAAGAAACCCGCAGCUAAGAAACCGGCAGCAAAGAAGCCCGCAGCUAAAAAACCCGCCAAGAAAGCGGCCAAGAAACCCGCGGCAAAGAAGCCCGCCAAGAAGCCUGCCGCCAAGAAAACGGCUAAGAAGUGAAGUGCGACGAUCCUUCAAUAAACAAAACGGCUCCUUUAGGAGCCACCACAUACAAAAAAGGAAUUAUCAACGAAUAUAUUGAACAAAUAUCAUUAUUUCCGAGUUGGUUUGUUCGAAAGUUUGAAAUCAAUUACCGUGAGAGCUCUGAUUACAAGUCCUGCCCGACUCUCACCCAUUUCUCUUAUUUUAUUCAUUCGUUGAUAAUGUUAUUACAAUCCAUUCAGAUUCUUUUCGGGGUGACUUGGGCAGCUUCAAUAACUUCAAAUACCACAUAGAGAGUUUUCUCAGCGUGACAGAAAAUGCUAGGGUGAAUGGAGUAAAUUGCUUCGAGCUGAUCAUUGUUUUUAGACUGCUUCUAGUGCAGGAGUCAACAGUGGUAUACUAAUUGAGCAAAUAUACAAAAAUUAUGUCAUUUUCAAUCAUUCAGAAAAUGAUUUUGUUUCAGUAUUGCAAACAGAGGUCAUCUAAAGCUCAUAAAUGUAUCACAGCACAGUAAAUGUAAUAAAAUAGUCUGCACUUUUAAGGGUUGACUAAUACGAGACAGAGAAACCUUUUGAGUAAAACUGACAAAAGGCUCCGUGAUCGGUUCUGUUUCAGCAGACAAUUCCAAUCCAAACAUAACACACUGUAAUAAUUAAUACACCAAAUGCACACACUCCCAAGUCUUUUAUUAUAGUUCUUAUUCAUACAACUAGUCGAGCAUUUUGAAGUUACAGUGUUACUACUUACUAAUCUCAUAUCUGUGUUAUUUUAUGGUAGUAGUUUGUCUCACAAUUCAGAGACUAAAGGAAUGACACUUAUAGCCUGUUAUCACUAGACGAUACUCUUUUUUCUGAUAAUUGCAAAAUGUAGUAUGUUAAUAAUUUUA